CGUGUGCGUGUGCUGCGUAGAAGCCCCCCUCCGUCAGGCAGGCAGCACUCUCGCUCUGUACAGGCGCAGUGAGUGCAGUGUGUGCAGCUCGGCUGGCCUCCCUCCGCACUGAAUGGACUAGAUUCCCAGCCACGUAAGAAGCACAGCAGCACCACGGGAGAGAGGAUGUCCUGCUGAAUCAAGGGAUAGGCCUGGGAAAGUCGGCCGGCCGUCCCUUCCUUCCUUCCUUCCAGCAGCUUAACAGCAGCAGACACACAGGACAGACGACACUUUUCUUCCACUGGACUAGACCAAGAGAAAGAGAGAGGACGUCGACUCCCGCACACAAAGAGCUACAGCAGUGUUUUUUCUCUCCUUCCGGAUGGGGUUUUCUCCUGAUGUGGUAGAUGACAAUCACCGUGCAUGGAUAUGAUCCUGGGGAACAAGGCCGUGCACUGACCUGGUACUAGUUAGCCAAGGAAGCUAACUAGUUAGCUCUGCACCUGCUAGCCAUCGUUUGUCUGUCAAAUUCCGGCUAAAAUUCAGCAGCUAUAAUUAGCUUGCAAAAGUUGCUUUAUAUAUUUUGCUUGUGUAUUUUUUUUUCUCCUGUGCCUGCAAGCUGUUUCCAAUUAAUUGUUUCCGUUUUAUGAAACGUGUCAUACCAUUAACCGGCGAGAUAAGCUAGCAAACAAGCUGCGGGUUAACUUAGCACUCCUCAUUCAUUGUAGAGCUGACUUUUGGCAGCCUUUGUUACAGUUUCGUCGUGCCUGCUCGCACCGCUAACGUUAAUGAAACUGCAGCAGGUCCGUGCAGCGGGGGUUUCAUUCGGCUUGAGGCAGUAAUUCUGUCAUUUUAGCCUGGCCUUACCUCUUGAAUGGAAAACAAAGGGGGGAAAUGAACAGUUGAACUCCGCAAAAAAAAAAAAAAAUUACAGACCCCUUUUUGUUGUAUGAGAACCAACGAGCGAGCUUUUUCCUGUUGACAGUCUGCCACAGUCUCCUGCAGCAAGGUGCAUUUAAAUCAAUUCUUCAUCCGUUUUAUACUUCUAUUCAAGAUUUACUAAAGUACCAUUUGUGACAUUGCACUGAGUUUACAACGAAGUGGUGCCAUAAUCGAGGAGGAGGACAGGAUCAAGGAGGAGGAGAAGGCCCCCGAUUUUGUGGAGUUAUCGCACUUAUUCCUCAUGAACAUACAGAGGUCAAAUCCAAUUAACAUUUCACGUUAUGGGAGAUCGCGGCACAAAUCGCACGAUUUCGAAGAAUUGUCUUGCUUAAGGACUACAGAGUCGCACCAGAGUUUCAGUCCCAACCUCGGGUCCCCCAGCCCGCCGGAGACCCCGGACUCCUCGCACUGUAUCUCCCGCAUCGGGGACUACCUUUUGUUGGAACCACUGGAGGGAGACCACGUUUUCAGAGCCGCCCACCUGCACAGCGGGGAAGAGCUCGUAUGUAAGGUCUUUGACAUUGGCCGAUACCAGGAGUCACUGGCGGCCUACUUUGCCCUGGGCCAGCACCAGCAUAUUAACCAAAUCCUGGAGAUCUUGCUUGGGGAGACUCGAGCCUAUGUGUUCUUUGAGAGAAGCUAUGGGGACAUGCACUCUUUUGUCCGCACCUGCAAGAAGUUGCGGGAGGACGAGGCUGCCAGACUCUUCUAUCAGAUAGCCUCGGCAGUGGCACAUUGCCACGACAACGGACUGGUCCUCCGUGACCUCAAACUGAGGAAGUUUGUCUUCAAAAAUGAGGACAGAAGCCUCGUGAAGCUGGAGAGCCUUGAGGACACUUAUAUCCUGGAUGGUCAUGACGACUCCCUGUCAGACAAACAUGGCUGCCCAGCCUAUGUCAGUCCUGAGAUCCUCAAUGCCAACGGCAGCUAUUCGGGGAAGGCAGCUGAUGUCUGGAGUCUGGGCGUCAUGCUUUAUACCAUCCUCGUGGGGCGCUAUCCUUUCCAUGACGUUGAGCCCGGCUCUCUGUUUAGCAAAAUACGCAGGGGCCACUUCAACAUCCCCGAGACGCUCACACCCAAGGCCAAGUGCUUGAUCCGCUCCAUCCUCCGUCGGGAACCCGCAGAGCGCCUCACCUCUCGGGAGAUUCUGGAGCACCCCUGGUUUGCCUCCUCUGGGGCACUAGGGGGCGCUGUGGUGCACGGCAGAGGAGAAAGAGAGCAGGAGCAGAUGGUGCCUGAGGUGAACAUGGAAGAGGAGCUGGAGCAGUUCUUCAGCUGAGCAAACACCAAGCACAAACGGACGACUCCGCCACGGUCGGCUCGCCACGCUCACAGCAGAGCCAAAAACAGUAGUUUAGAGAUUAAUAGGUGAACAUUUGUCACUCAUAAUAAAGGUAUUUCCAUCCUGUUUCCUUUUCCAUCAUUUCAUGGAAAACCUUGAGCCUGGCAUGACAAAUGGCAUCUAUACGUCACCUGGCGUUGCACCUCCCCGUUCGGGGAUGUUGCCGCCAGACAUGCAAGUUGCAAACAAUGUAGCAAAUGUUCUUUUUGGAUCUGUUUGGUUUAAUGUGGUGCUCAUAAAAGUAGACACAUUCACCAUUUUCGACACUAUGGAAAGCAUGAAGGGACAUAAGAACACAGGAAACCAAGGAGAACAAUUCAAAAUGAACUGACAAACUGCAACACCACACCUUUUCUUACAGUUUUUUUUUUUUUUUUUUUUUGUCAUAGCUUUAGGUGGUACCAAUUUAAACCACAGACCCAGGAUCGGAAAUCACAACCCCAAGUUCUGUUUUUAAACAAAUACACGGUGAUUCUCCCUGACCUGGGACCAUUGGUUAAUAAAUGGAGCAGCUUUGGCUUUUUCCUCAUCAUCAUUAUCAUCAACAACAUGGUUGACCUCGUCUUUGUUUCAUUAAGUUUUGUUUUUCGUCCUUUCAUUUCUCUCAGUUUUACAUUAUUGAUCAUUCUGACAGUCACUAAACUCCUUGACGGCCUUGUUUUCAGUGAUUUGUAUGUUUCUGCCUCCUCAGUCUCUUAAGCCUUUACCACAUUUUAUUCACCACAGUCAUUUAUUAUUUUUUGUUUGUUUUUAAGCUAUUCCACUCUGUUGUUACUGCUGCUUUAACAUCACUCCCAAAACCUCAAUCUUAAACAGUUUUUUCCUGGUAAGCCUCCAGACAUGGCGUCAUGCAUUUGAUGUGUUAGGUGAAUGGACAAUUCCACCUCUUUAAAAUUAGCUUCCUCCUUAUUUAAAUUGAUUCUUCAGUUGUAGGAACGAGAACGUAACAUUUAUUUAAAUUGUAACAGCUAUAUAUAUAAAUAUAUAAAUAUAUAUAAAUAAAUAUAUAUAUUUAAAACUACAUUGCAGGGUUUUUCUUUAUUCAGAGAUUCCUUUUUCAUGUAUGAUGUAGGCAAUAUCUUGACACAGGACAGGCACGAAGAGGAAAAUGUCUGUCUGAAGUUUUAGAAUACACAACAUCUUCUGUGCCAGUAUUCUGGUGCCCCGACAGCCCAUGCCACCUGGUCUCCCUCUUUUCUUUUUAAAAACUUGAUACGAGAUAUUCAGUGAUAGUAUUGCUAUGACAUGCUCACUCCAGGACCUCAUGUUAGUUUUUCUACUGCCUGCGUAGGUUCUGUGAAACGAUCAUGCUCGGAAUGGGUACCAGUGGACAUGUUUUGUCGUAUCUCAAUGUUACUUGAAUUUGUGUUUUUAUCUAGUCAUUGGCAUGUGCCCCAUGAAUGCUAUAGCCUGCCUAGCAGGGGGGAGGGGUGGGAGGGAGGAGGGUGCUUGUUUUUUAAGAAAAGUUAAAAACAUGAAAAUUCUCAAUUUGCUACUUUUCUGAGUUGCUUUUCAAAUAAAAAAACAACUAUUGCUUUCAUUGUUUUUGUAGACUGAGCUACCUUUUAUUUAAGUUGGUGCUGAUUUGGUGCUAAUGUUUAGUCCUUUUGUUUCAUGGAGGGGGGUGGUGCAUGGUGGGAUAUCUGCCUCAGAUGUUCUGAUUGUAUCGUAACAGAUUCUGGUGUUUUGUCCAAAUUUAUUCAGUAAAUAAAUUGUGAACUGCUA